CGGCGACCGUUUCCAAGCGGUGCCGGCUCCUUCGUUCGUGCCCGCGGCGGGCUGCGUUUCCAGGCGCCCGGGGACGCGGGCGCUGCGCGGGGCCAUGGCGGGGCCGCGGGACGUGGCCGGGCUGCGUCUCUGCCCGGCCGAGCUGCGCUUCGUGGACGCGGUGCCCGGGGGCCGGUACCGGGCGCUGCUCAGGGUCCAGAACCUGCAGCCGGGGAGCCGCCGCCUCCAGCUGCUGCCGCCGCGCCGCGCCCAGUUUAAAUUGAUUGUGGAAAAUCCAGAUAAACCUGUUCCAUCUGGUCUUCAAGUUACAGCUACUGUGGAAUAUCAUCCUGACAGUGAGGAGGACCUUCGAGAUAGACUACUCCUUUUGGUCGAAAAAGAUGUAAUUGAGAUCCCGCUGAUAGGAUUAAUUCCUUGCUGUUAUCUGGAAAUUGAGCCGGAGAUUAAUUUUGGCACAGUGAUUGCAAAUAGUAAAGUAAUUAGUAAAGAGAUUAGUAUUACUAACCAUGGAUCAUCUCCAGGUGCAUUUAAAAUAGACUACAAAGGAAGUGUCCCUGUUAACAUAGUACCUACCAGUGGAGUGGUAGAACCCAAAACAUUACAGUUGGUUAAAGUGGAUAUCUGUACAGAUAUACCGAGAGUCAUUAGGGAAAUGGCAAAAGUGCAAUUGCAAGGUUGUGGUGUCACAAACUUAAGGAUAGAAGCUCAUGUAGUUGAACAAGUUCUUGAAUUAUUAGGUGUGUCUCAUGAAAACACACUAGAAUGUAUUCAUUUUGGAUCUGUCUAUUUUGGAACUUCAAAUACUGAACAAGUGGUUCUGUACAAUAAAAGCCCAGAGACCAUCAACUGGGUGGCAGUGCUCGAGGACGAUGCUGUUGGGGGAGAGAUGGGCACACAUCUUCAGAAGAGUACUGAUGCUGUUUUACAAGAAUUGAGCUUCAUAAGUAGAACCAAAGAACAAGAUGUUUCAACUUUGAUCUCCUGCAUUCCCAACCAAGGAACCUUGCUACCUUAUCAGAAAACUGUGGUUACACUGUGCUUUAGUCCAAAGCAAUUUAAAAGAGACAUUGGACUUACUGAAUUUCCACCAAGACAAGAUUAUGCACUGUUUUUGAGGUUUGAGGCCGUAGGAAGUAAAGAUGACUUUCUGCAAGCUCUGAAUGGUGACGACAUACCAAUCAAAGAGACUUAUCCUCAUCAUGUGGAGUUAGCUUUGACAGGGUCAGGGCUUCCUGUCAUGUUAACUUUCAGUCCAGGACCAGUUGUUAAUUUUAUGGAGUGUUUCAUGGGUGAACACACAGAGAUUAUGUGCACUCUCAAAAAUGAAUCUGAGUCACUUCCAGUAACAUACAGCUUCCACAAGAUAGCGCAUUUUAAUAUUUGUCCUGAAAAAGGGAAAGUAAGAGAAAAAUGUACAAAGGAUGUGAUGUUUUCAUUUGCUCCACGUCAAGCAGGAACGUUUAAAGUGAAGCAAGUUGUAGAUAUUUUUGGCUCAGUGGCAGAGGAAGAUAACUUACAGUCUUUGAAGAUCAAACCCUUCCAUCAAAUACAUUUAAGUUUUACUGGUGUAUGCAAACCUAAAACCAAGAAAAUUAUGUUUAAAAUCAACCCUGGCAUAACACCAAUGAUUACCAAUGCAACUGGACAGUUGGUAGCUGAUGAGAUUGGGCGAUUUAUUGAUUUUGCACCAGUAGCAAUGCUUCAAUCAGCUCAAACACAGAUGCAUACUCAUCAGAUAAAUAGGGAUUGUAAGAGUGAUGCACUUAUAGCCUUUCCUAAUGAUCGCUCAGCCAGCAUUAGGCCCAGUGAACGACAUAAAAAAUACAGGACUAUUUUUACGAAAGCUGACCGAUAUCAUUAUGUGGAUCCAGAUUUUGCUUAUACUGAUUAUGAAGAAUUGGAAAAGCAAGUGCAUAAGAAAUACUAUGCAGAUUUUAUUCAAAGUUUAAGACAGCGUCGCUUACGAAAAGAAGCUACUAGGAAAUAUAAGAGUCUUAACAAUCCUGUGAACAUAGGCCUAAAACCAGCUUCAGGGCUCAGGUCACCAAAGAUUACAAUCACAGAUUUACACAAGGAGAAACUGAAACUAGAAACAACUCCUUUAAAUGAGGACAGCCUGCUAAGUAGUCGAAAGCUGGCAGCAAUUGAAUCUAAAUCCUUAACCAAAGAGGUUUAUGACGGGCUUAAUGCUGUACCAUCUUCUCCACAAGAGAAGGAAGAUUGUAAUAUAACUUUGACACCAAAACAGCGUUAUCAGAUACUCAUUGGUCCUUCCACCAUAGACUUUGGUGAAGUUUGUGUGCACUCUUCAUCUACGAGAAAAAUGCAUAUCAUCAAUAAUCUGCCUAUGCACAUCUGGAUACAAGUAGAAAUUGAAAGUGAGGCUCUACAGCAGACUAGUCCAUUGUCCCAUGUGUUGCCACCUCUUUCGAAGACUUGCCUUCCAGUAGUAUUUCAGACUAAUACCUUGGGGAAAUUUCAGAAAUCUUUCACUUACACAAUAAACAACAAACAUACUGGGAAUGUGCUGGUAGUUGCAGAAGCAGUCUCCGUUGCCCUUGAGCUAUCUGCAAGGGAGCUGAUUCUAAAUCCAACUCCUGGUUUCCUUGCGGAAACAAGCUUUAGAGCAACAGUCAGAUUAUGCAAUCGCAGAAACUAUCUUGCUGAAUUCAACUGGAAACCUAUAGUUACAGAUAAAGGAAUAGCAUUUUCUAUACGGCCAGCCAAAGGUAUUGUAGAAGCAUACAAAGACCUGGAGUGUGAAGUGGUUUGGCAUCCAAGUUUCUUCUCUCCAGAAACAGGAGAAUUCAAUCUGUGUGUACAUCAGGGGAACACACUUAAGCUAAAAUGUCUUGCAAAGCUUGGACCCACCAGUAUUCAGUUUAUGGAACACAGGAUACCUUUCAAUCAUGCUCCUCUAGGAUUAACGACUUGCAAGACAGCCAUUCUUCAAAACUCAGGACAAAAUCAUGCAUACUUCCAGGUUCUUGAUUCGAACCCCUUGCCUGGCAUGACUAUCGCUCCUUCUGAGGGGGUAGUACCUGUUGGAGGCCAUGCUGAUCUCAAAAUCUACUUCACCCCCAAUGCAGUAAUGAAAUUUGAUACCAGAGUGGAGGUAGCAGUCCGCCAUGGAAAAGUAUUGGAAUUUAGGAUUGGUGGAUUUGUAGAGGCCCCUGAAAUAGGCAUUAGUGUAGAAUCCUUUAACUUCCAUGGUGUUUAUGCUGGUUUCACCCAAGGAAUUCCCUUUUUGCUUCAAAACAAAGGAGUAGCACGUGCAAGGGUUGAGUUUGAUUUAUCCAAAUAUAAAGACUUUACACUGAACUUCAGAGACCAAUCAGUGGUUGAUUAUUAUCCUCAGAGGCCGUAUUUGUAUUCUGUGGAGUUAGAGGGGAAGUCAACUUUGCAAUGUUCGUUGUACUUCACACCAAAAGAAGUGGCAGCAUAUAAUUUCAGUCUUCCAAUAAACGUUAAUUUCAGUGAGGUUCCAUCUUUUCAGCAAAGCUCUACAGCUACAACACCUUCUGCGUCAGAAAAGCACAUAAUUGUUCCUCGUCCUCAAAUGGUGUCUAUGAUUGCUCCAUUAUGUACAGUUCAAGCAACUGUACUGCAGCCACCACUUGAGUUCUCCACUUCAGAACUGGUAUUUCAGUCAAGAAGCAUACAUUUAGAUAUUGCUGAUGAAAGUCUGAGCACUCAGAAGUUUGACCUGAAGAAUACCUCAAGGCAACAGGUGACAUGGCAAUUAGAUCUUGAUGGUGCAGGAAAAGCCAUAGAAGAUGGUAUUUUUAAAGUUAGUCUGUGUGCCGGAGUUCUUGAUCCAGGACAAAAAACUAGUAUCACCAUAGGCUUCUGCCCAUCUUAUCCUGGGACAUCUGGAGCUGAAGUGCCAGUGUUUCUUAACGAUAAGCCAUCUCAGUGCAAACUAUUAACUCUAUCUGGUACUGUCAAGUCACCUACAAUAAACUUUGAUCCUCCGCUUUUGAUAUUGAUGCCUGUUCCUCUGGAUAUGAAAACUGAGACGUAUGUCAAUAUUAUUCCAAAAGACUACUCAAGGCCGUCAGCACUACAAGUUGAAAUUCCAGAACUUGAACUUGAAGAUGGUGACAGGAUUAAUCCCCUUUCUGUGCAGUUUCCAAGUGGCCAAGUUAUUGCAGUCUCACCAGAGGGGACAAAUGUAGGACUUGCUUGUCAUAUCAGCUUCAGGUCAUCUAGGCCAGUGUCAUUUUUAAGGAACAUAUUCUUCAUCGAUGAUGAAAAAAACAGGUUCUCGCUUCAGGUUGCUGCCACAGCAGAGAACUGCCUUCUUACUGUAUAUCCAUACCUGGCAUUCCACUGCGCAGACCAGCAAAUUGUCUUGAGAAGUGACCAUAAUGGGAUAAUCUACAACAAUGGAGAAGCUGUUUUGCAUCCCUGUUACACUCCAGGAUCUCUGUCCCAUAGUACUUCCUCCAGUUCCCUCUGUGCAGUCACUAACUCAGCCUAUGAAGGCUCUUCUUCAGAAUUGGAAAAUAAGCUUGAAAAUGAAAGGGUGAAGGAUGAAGCUGACAGCCAAAGACAGGAGCGAGACAAUAAAUUUCAACUAUCGCUUUUUCCUGACGAAGACGGAGAGGAAUACAUCUUCUUUCAGAAAGUGAUAACUGCGGUUCAGAACUGGUUCACUCUCUUUGGUUGGUCUAAGGGACCUAAUCCUAUUUCUAUUCCCCACUCACUAAGACGUGAUGUGUGUAAAAUCCAGAUGACUUCAUCUGAUAAAGUUUUUAAACAAAACCUUGGCAAAGAUACGAAGACUGUUUAUGACAUGCUACUCCAUCUGAGUGGACAGUUGCUACCUGGAAUUACUUCAAGCCAGUCAUUGCCCUCUGAUCCUAUUGAACGAGUAGUCCAGCUCCACUGUCAGCAUUCUACAAUGCUUACUUUCCUCAAAAGCCAAGGAGCAUGCCUUCCACACGUUAUGCCUGAAUUUCUGCUUGAACCUGAUGAGUAUAAGAAAUGGAUUGGAUUGCAAAUCACAUUGAAGGUUCAGAUGACUGAGCUGCAAAAAGCUAACAUGAAGAACUCUGACAUUUUUAACAAUAAGAGUCUGUUUGUUUUGGAUGACAAUGUAUUUGAGACCAUGAGCAAACGUGUAUGGACUGAUGUGCUACUCCAGGUAUACAAGGUGUUGGUCCUUGCACGUGUAUUGUCACUUACUAGCAGUAACCUGUUGAGCUCAGAAAGCCUGCAAAGCAUGCCGAGAAUAAAUGCUGAGCCUUUAUCCAGUAAUAUAUAUUCUCCAUCUGAAAGACUCCUCCUUACCUGGCUGAAUACACAUUAUGAGAAAACCAGAAAAAUUGUGUGGAAAGAUUGUCAAAAAGGUGAAGUACCACCUAUGAGAUGGAUUGUAAAUUUUGACAGAGAUCUUCUAGAUGGUCUGGUAUUGGCAGCACAGAUGGCAGCUUAUUGCCCAUAUUUGAUUUCAACUCACUUUGUGAAUAUGUAUACUAAUCCGGGAACUCCUGAACAACGUUUGCACAAUUGCUUGAUACUCGUGAAUGCUUUUCAUGCUAUCAGCCUUGAUAUUGGUAUACAGGCCACCGACAUCUGUGAUCCAAACCCAGUCAUGAUGCUUAUGCUCUGCGUCUAUUUGUAUGAAAGGCUCCCUCAAUAUUUACCCACGAAGACUGUUGAGUUUACUGGAGCUCUCCAUGCUACUGUUGUUAGACAGGUGUGUCUGAAAAACCCAAGCCUGAAACCUUUGGUGUACAAUGCUACAAUUGUUGGAAGAGAGUCUGCUGAUUUCUUAUUGCCUAAAGGAAACACUGUCAUCAUUGCCCCAAAGAGCCAAAUAAAUAUAAAUGUAGAAUUCACUAGUCGCUUUCUACAUCCUGCUGAAGCAAUGUUAUUGUUGGUUUCGAGGACUGUAAGUGAAGUAAGAGGUACAACAAUGACUUUCUCUCUGAAAUCUAAAGUCAACCAUAUUGACCCUGCUGAAGUAUUAAAAUGCAAAUCCCCAUGUUAUGAACUGAAGAAAGUUAGUCUGAAUGUUACUAGUCCCUUCAGAACUGAUGGAACAUUCAGAGUCAUUUUAGUGGAAUCUACAACUUACUUAACUAUGCCUGAGCAAUUGCAUCAAGCCAGCCAGGUAAAGCAAGGUAAAACACACAGUUCUGAAAGUAAUGUACUGAAUAGUACAACUGAUGUGGUAAGUGAAGAUGUACUGUAUCACAAAGAGAACAACUCAAAUGGCCUUAAUCGAUUCAAUCACCUACGAGAGUUCUUCAGUCCAGUGUGCACACUGUACUUGGAAGAGAGAAAUUCUGCAAACCUGGAUCUUUACUUUCUUCCUUUUAAUCUGGAAAAGCGCUAUUGCACCAUCAUUCUGGUCAAUGACCUGGUUGGAGAAUUUGUUUACGUGGUGGAAGGAACAUGUGGCAUACCUUUGCCUUCAGGCUUGCUUCCUAUGGAUAGUCCAAAUGUUCUGCGCAUUAGCAGUACUUUAAAAGGUCGCAAUGUAGUACAGCCAGUUCUGUACUUGAAAUGCAGUCUCACUGAUAUUCUUGAAGAAAAGCUGAAGAUCCCAUUGAUUAAUGAAGCUAGGGAGAAGGCUCUGGCCAUUGCAGCACAGCAGCAGAUGUCAGCUCUUGAACACGAGCGAAGAAAGGUCACAGGAACACUGGAGAGCAGCACUGUUCGAGUUGCAGUUGCAGUCUUAGGGCUGUCCAGAAUUGAGAGAGAUGCACUGUAUAGGCCUACUAAAUACCCCCCAAAGUUAAAAUCUGUGGACUACAGUAUAGAAUUGAGCAUGCCAGAAUAUUUUGAAAUCCCUGAAAAACUCUCUAUUCCCAUGUCAGCAACAAGCAGAGUUAAUUUUAAAGCCUUUUCAGAGGAAGACCAUCAGGCUGUGAAAGCAACAGAUAAAGAUACAGCAGUUGAACUUCCUAUAAAAUUUACUCCACAAUAUCCUGGUCGCUAUCCCUGCCAGAUUCUGCUGCAAUCUUCCUAUGAUAUCCGGGUCUACUUGAUUGAGUGUGUGGUGAAUACAGACAGUGCUGAGGCUGAGCUUGAAUUUGUAACACCAGCCUAUCAGGCCGUGAUUCAGGACCUACCGAUAAGUAAUAUGUCUCAUCAGGACUGGAAACUUCAAGCAAUCCUACAGGGACAUUGUUUUUAUGGCCCUCCUCUCAUAUAUGUGGGUCCAGGUGAAACAUCACAGUAUCCUCUCAUGUUUAAGCCCAUUGCUGAGUGUGUAACUCUGGGCAAGCUUAUUCUUCAAAAUGAAACAGAUGGCACUAAACACAUCUUUGGCCUUAAGGGAAUAGGGAGGAAACCUCUUGCACUGGAUCAUAUCGUGAUAGACUGUCAAGUGAGACAAAUUACUCAGAAGGUCAUAAUGGUGCCCAAUUAUACCAAGAACAAGUUGACAUACAAGGUUACUUCAGAUCUUCCAAUGGUGGCUGGUACUCCAAAUCUCACUGUAGAAGCUGAUGACACAGCCGCUUACACUCUGAAUGUGUCUGCAUGGAAACGAGGAAUAUUUAAAGGUAUAAUUUCAUUUAUUGUCGAAAUUGAAGAACAACAGCAGUCUCAACAUAACAGCUCACCGGAGGAGACAGAUGGUGAACAGGCCCUUCAGAAAUUGUCAACAGAGACAUCACAAACUGUUGAUGCAGCAAACACUGGAGGAAAUGCUUCAUGUUGCAAAGUGUGGUUUUCCUUGGAGAUUAAUAGUGCACCUUGUGCACCUGAAAGAACCCUGGAUGUGAAGUGUGCAGCUCUGGAUACCAUUGGCAUUGAAAUUCCCAUCACUAAUCCUACACAUGAAAUUCUACAAUUAGAUGUAUUGUUAAUGGGUGCUGCACUUAGUGGAGAAACAAUUCUUGUUCUUCAGCCAAAAGAAACUCUUUCCUAUGAAGUAAAGUAUUCCCCAGCUAGUACUGGCACUUCAGAAGGAAGUGUCAUAUUCCUGUCGGAGAUGGUUGGGGAGUUUUGGUAUGGACUGAAGCUGACUUCAGAGAAACCAUUGCCAACUACAUUACCUGAAAUAGAAUGUGAGCUUGGAAAAUGGGUCCGUAUGUAUAUCCCUCUGCUUAAUCCUACGUAUGAAACCCUAGAACUGAAAAUUGUCAACAGCAAUCCUGGAAAUUUUUCAAUAGAGACUGACCCAAAGGAACCUCUGAUGGUUGCUCCUCAUUCCACUACUGAAGUACCUGUUCAGUUCUGUCCUUCUGCCCUGGGAAGAGCCAAUCACACAGCAUCAAUCGUCUUCACAUGCCCACAGCUUAAUGAGUGGAUAUUUCAUCUGUCUGGGGUUGGUCUUAUCCCUCAGCCAAUGGAACCAGCUAGCAUAAGUACUUGUAUUGGUCGUCAUUCUUCCAUCAUCAUAUCCUUCAAAAAUCCUACCACUGAAGAUAUACUAGUAGAUGUACUGUUAGCAGAUCAGGAACAAACCAUACGUCCUUUCAGUGAAUCUGUCCUGCAUCGCUCCAGCAGUAAGGAGUUUGCUUUCUAUCUUCCACUGAAGCAGACACAAGCAAUCCCACUACCUCCAAAAGGUAAACUGGACAUCCCGGUAUUGUUUGUGCUGACACAAUGAAAUUGUAUGAAGCUGUGGUGAUGUUCAUGUAGUGAAGGAGAAUGGUGAAAAACUGGCCCUAUGAUGAUCCUGCUGAAUUAACAAAGAACUGAAAAGCAUCACCAUGUCAGAGAAUGAGGAAAUCCAUGGAAUAUGCUGGAUUUACCCAAUUCAUGGAAUCCCUGAAGCACAACAGUAUAAAUCAGCACCAG